CCGGCUUCCGCGGGCGGCCAUGGAGAAGUUGCGGCGGGUGCUGAGCGGGCAGGACGACGAGGAGCAGGGCCUGACGGCGCAGGCCCUGGAUGCCUCGUCCCUCAGCUUCAGCACCAGGCUUAAGUUGUUCGCCAUCUGCUUCGUCAGCGGUAUCUUCUGCUCCAUCCUCGGCACGGGCCUGCUGUGGCUGCCAAAGGGCAUGAGGCUUUUUGCUGUCUUCUACACUUUGGGGAACAUCGCCGCUCUGGCCAGCACCUGCUUCCUGAUGGGGCCUGUGAAGCAGCUGAAGAAGAUGUUUGAGACCACCCGGCUGAUGGCCACAGUCCUCAUGCUUCUCUGCCUGGUGCUGACCCUCUGUGCUGCUCUCUGGUGGGAGAAGAAGGGUCUGGCCGUGUUCUUCUGCAUCUUGCAGUUCCUGUCCAUGACCUGGUACAGCCUGUCCUACAUCCCUUAUGCCAGGGAUGCGGUGAUCAAAUGCUGCUCGUCUCUUCUGGGCUGAGAAUCAGCCACCUGUGGAAAGAUCAUCUGAAAGUGGAUGUUCCCUCCUGGCUGCACUUCUGCUGAUCAAUGCUUACUCCUGAGCCGCUACUAACACCAGGCCCUGGUGGGACUGUGGGGCCCUACAGGUCCUGCCCCUCCACCCACGAGCUCUUUCUGGGGUCUGGAGAGCAUAAUCAUUGCCAGUAUAUGCGAUUAUUUGCCAGUUUUUAUCUGUUCGACACAGUAUUGUUGAGAUACAAAUAUUUCAGAAGAGAUUCUGAUGGCUAGGUAGAGUUUGUUUUUUUUCCUCCUUUGAAAUAUACAUUUUUUAAAAAUUCCUUUUAUAAAAGCAAACACCUUUUAACUGUGAACAUUUUUACUCUUAAGCUAAAGAUGGCUUAUUCUAUACAAUAAAUAAUAUAUGGAUUCUUGGCA